AUGCAGCACGUCUCAUUGAAGGUGACGAAAGUGCACCACUUCUUGAGGUUAAUGGUUCUUGCAAAGUCUCGAGCUACAUCUGCUGCGGCGACCUUCUUCGACCCAAUCACAAUUGGCCUGCAAGAAUAUGUUGAUGGGGCAAAUGGAUAUAAUAAUCCGGUAGAGCUUGUCCUAGAAGAAGUCAGAAGGAUCUGGAAAGACGCGGCCCCAAGGGUACAGUGUUUGGUCAGUAUUGGAACUGGAAUUCCCAACCCCAAAGACUUCGGUGAUAAUCUGAAGGAGGUUUUUGGUACCCUCAAGGCCAUCUCUAUUGAAAUCGAAAAAAACGGAGCAACGCUCCUUAAGAAUAGUACAAGCUUCGGUAUUGGUGGUCGGUACUUCCGGUUUAACAUUAGCAAAGGUCUCAACGGAAUUGGCCUAGAUGAGUGUGACCAAAAGAGUUUGGGUCAAAUUACGGCAGCGUCUGAGGCGUAUCUAGAAGAUGAGAGGGUCAGAGAGUGCGAGGUUGAAUUCGGCGAAAAGGAUAGCCAGAUCGAAGUUUCGCAGUCAUUUGUAGUGAACCUUGAUGUCUGGGUAGACACACAACGGAAAUUGGAUCCCAUGUGGAGCACCCGCAAUUUUCAACCUAUACCUAAAUACUUGUGGGAUUUCUGUCAAUGGAAAUGGAGGGUUGCGGCUGAAUAUGGUCGAAGACACCCGGAAGCUGAACUACACAGAGCUUACUGUGUUCGACGUCGGGCAGUUCCACUCAUUGGUUCAGCACGUAAAGAAGAGUAUAUUUACCUCUACAUCAUUUCUAUUUAUCUGUUCUAUCUCCCCUGGUGCCUCAAUAUUGAGCCAGAUAGCCAAAUCUAUUGCCACAUUGACUAUUUCACCGAUUAUUAG